AUGCAGAGUAGCUUAUCAUAUAAUAAUGAAGAACUUGGAUAUCUUGGAUGUAAACAUUAUAGAAGAUCAUGCAAGCUGAAAGCUGCUUGUUGUGGAGAGUUGUUCACUUGUCGUUUCUGUCAUAAUGAUGCGAGUAAUCAUGAGAUCGAUAGGUUUGCAACACAGGAGGUACAGUGUAUGAAGUGCUCAACAGUGCAGCCAGUGUCCAAUCAAUGCAUAAAAUGUCAGAACAUAUUCGGUCGAUACUUCUGUGCCCACUGCAAGUUCUACGAGGACACGCCCGACAAGAAGCUGUUCCACUGCGACGACUGCAAGCUCUGCCGAGUGGGAGAGCGCGCACACUACAUUCACUGCAAGCGAUGCAAUAUGUGUCUAGGAAAGGAGCACUUUGAAACACACAAAUGUCUGGAGAACAAGUUCGAGAGAUGUCCCAUAUGCUUUGAGGAUAUGUUCACGAGUGUGGCGCCAAUCACUACGCUGCCAUGUGGUCAUGCGAUACACAACGAGUGCUACAAGUCAUUGUUGGACAACAAUGUCUACUCGUGUCCAAUAUGCAAGAAGUCAGUGGCGACGUUCAAUUGGACAAGGAUGGACAGGAUGGUCGAGCGUCAACCAAUGCCACCAAUGUACAAAGGAUCAACUUGUUCAAUAUUAUGCAAUGAUUGUGAGACCAAGUCCAUUGACAUACCUCUUCACUUCUUGGGCAACAAGUGCACAGUGGCCACUUGUGGAAGCUACAACACAACAAUCAUGUCAAAGAAUAUGGUUAUGGAUCCUACUCAAUCAAAUGUUAUGCCACCUGUCACUCAAGUCGAUGGUGAGGACGAUGAUGAUGAUGAGGAUGACGAGGAUGAUGAGGAAAUGGACGAGGAACUGGAAGAACUGAUCACUGACAGCAGUUCAGGAGGUGGCGAGGACGAUGUUGACGACGACACCAAC